GUGGUAACCGGUAAACUAAAGGCGACUAACAUUACCAACGACAUUCUUGAAAUGACAAUUGCUGCAAAUUCCGUCGAUGUUGCUAUAGAAUUUCCACUUACAGUUGAUACAGAGAAACCACCCGAAGUACUCCUUAAAAAAUAUGUAAUUGAUGAUUUUGCUGAGCGUCUAUGGGCGUAUUUGUCUAUUAAAGACCUGUUACGGCGUCGUGGUAUCAGUAAUAGCGGCGCUGAAAAAGAAGAAUUGAAACAGCAGGCCCUUGAACUAUCUCUUGAGUAUCACUUCGUCACUCCACUCACGUCACUGAUUGUAGUUAAACCAGAAGAGGAUAAACCAGAAUAUAUUGCAUCGAAUGAAGAGGAACAGAAAGAAGAGGACGACGUUCAGUCAGGUAAAACAAACUUUGCGAAGCGUUAG